GUGAACGUAGAGUACAUGUCAGCCUCAACAAUUAAAGAAGAGAAAUUUACAUCAUAAUUUGCAAAAGCACAUCUAAUGUCUUGAAAAAAUACAAUUCAAAAGCAUUUGCGAAAUGAAUAAAAUUUUCUUGGUACUUUUCUGCUUGCUCUUUAAAAAAGUAAGAGCAUCAUACAGCAAGGAGAUUACUACAACAGUUGAUGCCGGCAGAAAAGAUUGUUUCUACCAUCACGUAAAACUUGGACAAAUUAUUGAUAUUGAUUACCAAGUAAUUGAUGGAGGUCACGGGGAUCUUGAUGUGAGUUUUGAACUAUUUGACCCGAUGAAAAAAAUGGUCUACGCGGACUACAAGAAACCUGAUAACAUUCACAGACACGAAGCAAAGAUUUCUGGAGACUAUAGUUUCUGUUUCGAUAAUACUUUCAGUACAUUCAACAAAAAAACUAUAUUCUUUGAGUUGAUAGUGGAAAAAGAUGAUGACGAAGAAGAUAAAUGGAAGAAUGUGUUUGAAGGGCUACGUCCGGAGGAAGUUUACGAUAUGAAAGUACAAGAAAUUCAGGAGUCUAUUGUGCGUAUAAAAACACAUCUCACAAGAGCUCGUCAAUUGCAGGAUGUUCUUCGGUCAUACGAGGCACGAGACCGUAAUGUAGCUGAAGAAAAUUACUUAAAAGUUAAUGCCUGGUCAUUUUUUCAAAUAAUCACCAUGUUUGUCGUAGGAACACUACAAGUCAUCAUGGUAAAAAGUCUUUUCGACACAAAGUCAAACGUUCACAGGAUCUGGAAAAAAACUCUUUUAGUGCAUUGACUCAAUUAUUACGAUUAGCGUGAAUAUAGUUGCACGUCACCCAAAGAACAUCGUGUUCUUAAAAGCCAUAAGAAAGCGAAACACAACAAUCAUAUAAAUUAAUAAAAUAAUUCUUUAAUCUGUUUAA